AUGGGCUGUGGGGGGAGCACUCUACCGACCAGCCUAGACGCUAGGCCUUUUGCAGGCCUGGACGGCUCUCAGCAGGAUAAGACGUCUAAUAAUGAAAGAAAGGAAGAUCUCAAUGAUAAUAAUGAGAUUGUUGUUGUGCAGAAUAGGAGUCCUGAUCUCAAACCGGAGAUUCAUAUCGAAGACUUGAGCUCGGAUGUGACACAUAAGAAAAUGCCAGAGAAUUUCCACCCCAAUGUUGUAAGUCCUGCUGUGGCAGAUAAGAUCCGUGCUUCCCUAGUCCAGGGCGAGCUAUACUGCGAUCCAGACUUCCCAGCUGAUGACGUCAUUCUCUCGGGCACGAUUGAGGACAAAGACCAGUAUGGCGACAUCUUGUGGAAACGACCACAGGAAAUGGUUGAUGCACCAAGCCUCUUGGUUGGAGGAGCAGGAAGAAACGAUGUCAAACAAGGCAUUCUGGGUGAUUGCUGGUUCCUGUCGUCGUGUGCUGUCGUAUCGCAACAAGUCCAGUUCAUGAAUAGGAUCAUUCCACCCAACCAGCCGCUGUACGGUCCCGACUACCAGGGUCUUGUGGAGUUCCGAUUCUGGCAGUAUGGAGAGUGGGUCACAGUUGUGAUAGAUGAUCGUCUGCCUACCCAAGAUGGAAGGCUGAUAUUCGCAAGAUGUGUUGAUCCGAAUGAAUUUUGGAUUUCCUUAUUGGAAAAGGCUUAUGCAAAACUCCAUUAUACAUACGAAGCACUAGGUGGAGGUCAGACCAUGGACGCCUUAGUUGACCUGACGGGCGGCCUAGCGGAGAGAUACGAAAUGACAUCGGUCGACUACAACAUGUACAGACAAAUACAACGCGCAUUUAAAAACGGAGGCUUUAUCGCCUGUUCGAAGAAGGGAAACUGGAAGACUGCCAAUCAGGCUGAUCCUAAUGGACUUGUAGCAGGACACGCUUAUUCUAUCACUGAUAUAAAGAGGAUCCGCCAUAAAAAGGGAGAAGAGCGGUUAGUUAGGAUAAGGAAUCCAUGGGGCGAUGCAACAGAAUGGAAAGGAUCUUGGAGUGAUGCAGAUUCUAAUUGGAAUUGGGUCGACCAAGAUACGAAGGCUGCCUUACAGGUUGAGAGAAAGUCAGACGGCGAGUUCUGGAUGAGUUAUAAGGAUUUCUGUAAACAUUUCUCAGAAGUGACGAUCUGUACUGUCGGCCCUGACUUUGACGGGGAUGGAGUGGCUGAUAAUGUUGGGUGUGUGAAAACGUCCCCAGGAAAAUGGAUCUGUGGGUUAUCAGCAGGGGGAUGCAGAAAUGAUGUUGAUUCAUUUGCGACGAAUCCCCAAUACCUUUUGCAUUUGACAAAAGCAGACAAGUUCGACGUGAGGACUGACGAUCCAGAGAUGGAGGGCAAGUGUAAUGUUGUAAUAGCAUUGAUGCAGGAUCACAGGGAGUCCAGGCAGAAGAUGGAAUAUCUACAGAUUGGAUUCGUUCUAUAUCAGACAGAAGACCCAAGUCAGCGCCUACCGCCACGUCACUUCCGAUAUAAUUACGAUUCGGGAAAAUCAGGAGUUUACAUCAACUACAGAGAAGUUAGCAAUCGAUUUGACCUUGAUCCUGGUUAUUACGUCAUCAUCCCGUCGACAUUUGGUGCACAAGAAACGGGAUCAUUCAUCCUUCGAGUCUUUGGUCAGGAAAACUUUGAUUUGAGUCCUAUAUGAAGACACUUUGAGCGCUCAACAACUGCAUUUGGAUCCAAGUAGACUCUCUACACCACCUAGUCACACAAGCCCAUUCUAAGGUGCUCGACCAGUGCUCAAGACUAAUAUCAUGUUUACAUGGUUCAUCUCUCUCACCAAAACCGUGUUUGAUAUAAUUAUAGUAUUAGCGAACAGACUCUAGGGGAACCAAUGGGCUAUGUCAGGAGGAAAUAACGUAAUUCCCCCCUGGUCAUGUAUAAACCCCACCAGGACAGUCUGAUGUGGUCACAUCAAACAAAACCUUGUCGGGAUCUUGUGAUAUAUAGAUAUAACAACAAGGGACUACACAUACUUUGCAUUCAGCUGCAGGUUUGUUUUUUCUUUGGGCCGUCCAUAAAGUAUGUAUGCACCAAGGAGGGAGAGGGGGGAGGUGCCAGAGCGUGCCAGUCUUGUCCUAUUUAGGGAUAUAUCUUUACAUUUCCUUGGUAGGCUGCUUUUGCACAUGAACACCAUCUUUUUUUUAUACAUUUUGUAUGAAUCUGUGAUAAUGUAGAUCAGAGUUUCUUAUCUGUGUAAAGUGGAACCUCCCUUAGCAGACGCCCUUCUGUUGAGGCCAGUACUUUGUAGUCCUGAGCUUGUCGUUAUUAGAGAGGUUCUACUUUACUUUUGACCAAGUUAUGUUAAACUAAAAUGUGUUUUCCAUGAUUUUACUAUUAAACAUAUUUGUAUAUCUGGUGGUCAUUCCUUAGGCUGACUCAAUCAAGCAAGUCACAUUGAGGUUGUGAAAAUGUUCAUGAUUCUCUAAAACCCAAUGCCAUCUUCCAUGUCCUUAACGUGUGUCCUAUGUGUUUCUUAUUUCAGUCGUUCAGGAUUGAAAUGGUCAACAAUAAA